AGCUAAAGACCAAUCUCUUGGCCUGCAACCGCUUCAAAGGCCCACACACAGCUGAAAAAAUCUGUGACCAAUUUGAGGCAAUAUGUGAUGAAUACAACAUCAAAGAUAAAUUGGACUACAUUAUUAGUGACAAUGCUGCUAACAUGCGAAAAGCAUUCACUGUGUGCUUCCCCAGUGAACAAGAGGAUGACGAUGACGGAGAUCAUCUUGAUGACCCUGAGCUCUGGUGUGACUUAACCCUGGAAGAUCAGCAAACGGUACAUGCUGCUAUGGCAAAGAAACAGCGCUUGCAGUGUUUUGCGCACACUCUUCAGCUGGUGGUGGGAGACGGUUUGAAAGAAACAAAAGUGGUAUCUCCUUCUCUUUCAAAGUUAUCAAAACUUAGCUCACUGCUGCACACAAGCACAACCUUCAAAGAUGUGUUUGAUACUGAAUUUGGGGAACAGAAAGGCAUCCCUGCUGCAGUCAACACAAGAUGGAACUCAACACUGAGGCAAGUGAAGGGAGUUCUCCAGUGUGAUCAUCUAAAGCUCUGUGCUGUUCUAGAAAAGGCUGGACAUAAGGAGCUGUCAUUUACACCACGGGAGUGGAAUCUGUUGAAGGAGUUGGUGGACAUCUUGAAGCCGUUUGGAGAAGCAACUGAUUUGACACAGGGGGAGAGGGUCGUCACAAUCAGUGCUGUUGUUCCAUCCGUCUUGUCCCUCAAUCACCACCUUGAGAAGCUGAAGCCUCAAGUCCGUUUCCUGAGCGGCCUGGUCAGAAGUCUCCAGGCAUCCCUGAACAAAAGAUUUCUUGGGAUCUUCAUCAACGUGAAAAUGGCCAGGACACAAGAGGGAUCACUGCCCCCUUUUCAGACCCAGUCUACCUCAAAGCAGCUGCCUUGGAUCCAGCCUUUUCUCUGCUGUGGGUGGAGCCCCAUGUGCUGGUCAAUCGUGACAUCAAGGCAGAGGUAGCACAACGAGUUAAAGAAUUGAUCCUGCAAGAUGCUGCAGAGACUGAGCAAC